AUGUAUUCACCAGAUUUACUGUCAAAGAAUUUAUAUAAUUUAUGGCAUAAUCAUAAUCCAAAAGAACUAGAUAAUGUUGAUAAAAAACAUUUGAAAAAUUUGUUUGCUCCUCCUUUAUCUUCUUAUUCUUCAAAUUAUCCUGGUGUUGACAUUUUACAUUUAGAUUAUAACAACAAUAGUACUCAAAAUUCACAAAUAUUUACAACUUCACCGUUAGUUCAAUCUAAUUUUAUUCAGCUAGAGCAAAUUAAAAAUUAUGGCUAUUCAACUAUAAGACCAAUAGGUAUUGGUAAAACCAUGGAAGAAAUUGAUUAUUUGAAUCAACAAAAUAUAGAUGAUCAAACUCAACUUAGUCAAAUUACUCAUAUAGCUGCGGAAAAUUCAACUGAAGGAAUAAUAAAUAAUGUAAAUGGUACUACUAUAUCUAUAGAUAAUCAACUUCCACAAGAAGAUCUUGAUGCACAAGUUUUAAACGCAGAUGAAAAUUCAAAUUCAAAUUCUGAAGAUGAUGAAAGUAAUAGUAAUACUGAUCAUAAUUACCGAAUUCAAGAAGAUGAUUUCAUGGCAGCUGAUGUCGAAUAUCAAGAUGAUCAUAGUUUAAAUUCAGAAACUGCUGCAAAUAUAAUGAAUAGUGGAAGUACGGCAAUUUUAAAUAAUACGGGAAGAUCAACUAAUCCAACUACUGCUAGUGUUACAGGAAGAAGUAGUAUUAAUGUUGCUGUUGAACAGAAUGAAAAUGAAUAUCUACAAGAAGAAAUGAUUAUUGAAUAA